AAUCAGCGCGGCGGAAGCCCUGCAGGAGCGGAGCGGGCGGCCCCGUGCGGCCCCUCAGAGCCGGGGCGGCGGCGGCGGCGAAGAUGGCGGCGGCGGACGGCGACGAUUCGCUUUACCCCAUCGCGGUGCUCAUCGACGAGCUCCGCAACGAGGACGUGCAGCUACGCCUCAACAGCAUCAAGAAGCUCUCAACCAUCGCGCUGGCGCUGGGCGUGGAGCGAACCCGCAGCGAGCUCCUCCCUUUCCUCACCGACACCAUCUACGAUGAGGACGAGGUGCUGCUGGCCCUGGCGGAGCAGCUGGGCACCUUCACCGCCCUCGUGGGGGGACCCGAGUUCGUGCACUGCCUGCUGCCGCCGCUGGAGAGCCUGGCCACGGUGGAGGAGACGGUGGUGCGGGACAAGGCGGUGGAGUCGCUGCGGGCCGUGUCCCACGAGCACUCCCCGCCGGACCUCGAGGGUCACUUCGUGCCGCUGGUCAAGCGGCUGGCCGGAGGAGAUUGGUUCACGUCGCGCACCUCGGCCUGCGGCCUCUUCAGCGUCUGCUACCCGCGAGUGUCCAGCCCGGUCAAGGCCGAGCUGCGCCAGUACUUCCGGAACCUGUGCUCGGACGACACGCCCAUGGUGCGGCGCGCGGCCGCCUCCAAGCUGGGCGAGUUCGCCAAGGUGCUGGAGCUGGAGCACGUCAAGAGCGAGAUCAUCCCCAUGUUCUCCAACCUGGCCUCCGACGAGCAGGACUCGGUGCGGCUGCUGGCGGUGGAGGCGUGCGUGAGCAUCGCGCAGCUGCUGCCGCAGGAGGAGCUCGAGGGGCUGGUGAUGCCCACGCUGCGCCAGGCGGCCGAGGACAAGUCCUGGCGCGUGCGCUACAUGGUGGCCGACAAGUUCACCGAGCUGCAGCGCGCCGUGGGCCCCGAGAUCACCAAGACCGACCUGGUGGGCGCCUUCCAGAGCCUCAUGAAGGACUGCGAGGCCGAGGUGCGCGCGGCCGCCUCGCACAAGGUCAAAGAGUUCUGUGAGAACCUGUCCCCCGACUGCCGCGAGGCCGUGAUCAUGGGCCAGAUCCUGCCCUGCAUCAAGGAGCUGGUGUCCGACGCCAACCAGCACGUGAAGUCGGCGCUGGCCUCGGUGAUCAUGGGGCUGUCCCCCAUCCUGGGCAAGGACAACACGGUGGAGCACCUGCUGCCCCUGUUCCUGGCACAGCUCAAGGACGAGUGCCCCGAGGUGCGGCUGAACAUCAUCUCCAACCUGGACUGCGUGAACGAGGUGAUCGGCAUCCGGCAGCUCUCGCAGUCGCUGCUGCCCGCCAUCGUGGAGCUGGCCGAGGACGCCAAGUGGAGAGUGCGGCUGGCCAUCAUCGAGUACAUGCCGCUGCUGGCCGGCCAGCUGGGCGUGGAGUUCUUCGAUGAGAAGCUGAACUCGCUCUGCAUGGCCUGGCUGGUGGAUCACGUGUACGCCAUCCGCGAGGCCGCCACCAGCAACCUGCGCAAGCUGGUGGAGCGCUUCGGGCACACCUGGGCGCAGGGCACCAUCGUGCCCAAGGUGCUGGCCAUGGCCGCCGACCCCAACUACCUGCACCGCAUGACCACGCUCUUCUGCAUCAACGUGUUAUCCGAGGUGUGUGGCCAGGAGGUGACCACCACGCAGAUGCUGCCCACCGUGCUGCGCAUGGCCGCCGACGCCGUGGCCAACGUUCGCUUCAACGUGGCCAAGUCCCUGCAGCGCAUCGGGCCCAUCCUGGACAGCGGCACGCUGCAGACCGAGGUGAAGCCGGUGCUGGAGAAGCUGACGCAGGACCAGGACGUCGACGUCAAAUACUUCGCUCAGGAGGCGCUGACAGUGCUGGCGCUGGCCUGACCCCCCCGGGACCCCUCCCCCCGCAUGUGACCGGCGCUGCGACCGCCCCUCCCCCCACGCCCCUCCCCCACCCCGCUCUGUUCGUUAACUCCUCCAUUAAUUAAUUAAUUAACGAGGUUUUCGCCGUUAAUAAAAGCCACAACGAGG